CUUUGCAGUGCAUGGAUGAUUCCAGGCCGUGUGUUAAUGAGGGAAAGUGCAUUCCAUAUCAAAACGGUACAGGAUAUUGCAAGUGUCGGGAAGGCUUCCUUGGAGACUACUGCCAGUACAGAAACCCGUGCGAAAGCAAUACCUGUAAGAACGGGGGAACCUGUGAAACGACGUCUCUGAUAGGAAAGGCCACCUGCAAAUGUGCUCCAGGGUUCACGGGAGAGGAUUGUCAAUACUCGGAGUCGCACCUCUGCUACGUGUCCCAGCCCUGCCUGAACGGAGGAACUUGUCACCCCCAUGGCCCGGAAACGUACGAGUGUGUCUGUCCUCCGGGUUACACAGGAAAGGAUUGCCGGUGGAUAGAUGCCUGCACAUCUCAGCCUUGUGCCAAUGGAAGUACAUGUACUGUAUCUGGAAAUAAGUUCUCCUGCAUCUGUCUGGCUGGCUACACUGGCCAGAAGUGUGAGAUAGAUGUGAAUGAAUGUGCCACGCCAGGUCUGUGUCAGCACGGCGGGACCUGUGUCAACCUGCCGGGUUCGUACCGGUGCCAGUGCAAGCCAGGCUAUACAGGGCACCGCUGUGAGAGCGUGUAUGUGCCGUGUUCCCCGUCGCCCUGUAUGAAUGGAGGAACUUGUCAUCAAACAAGUGACUUCAGCUUUGAGUGCAACUGCCUGCCAGGUUUCGAGGGAACCAUCUGUGGGCACAAUGUUGACGACUGCCCAAAUCACAACUGCCAAAACGGAGGUAUCUGCGUGGACGGCGUGAACACGUACAAUUGCCGCUGCCCGCCGCAAUGGACAGGCCAGUUUUGCACUGAAGAUGUUGACGAGUGUCAGCUCCAGCCCAACGCUUGUCAGAACGGGGGUACCUGCACCAACCACAACGGAGGCUACGCCUGCGUCUGCGUCAAUGGUUGGAGCGGGGACGACUGCAGUAAGAAUAUUGACGAUUGUUUCACUGCCUCCUGUGCUAAUGGAUCCACUUGCAUUGAUCGAGUGGCUUCUUUUUCGUGCAUUUGUCCGGAAGGAAAGGCAGGACUUCUGUGCCACUUGGAUGAUGCAUGUGUUAGCAAUCCAUGCCAGAAGGGCGCUCUGUGUGACACCAAUCCUGUGAAUGGACACUACAUCUGCACCUGUCCUCAAGGCCAUAAGGGAGCAGACUGCACUGAGGAUGUGGACGAGUGUGCAAUGGCGAACAGCAAUCCAUGUGAACAUGCUGGGAAAUGCGUAAACACAGAAGGCUCUUUCCACUGCGAGUGUUUGAAGGGCUACACGGGACCUCGCUGCGAAAUGGACAUCAAUGAAUGCCAUUCGAACCCGUGCCAAAACGAUGCCACCUGCCUGGAUAAAAUCGGAGGAUUCACAUGUCUCUGUAUGCCAGGUUUUAAAGGUGUUCAUUGUGAAGAAGAUAUUGAUGAGUGUCUAAGUAACCCCUGUGUGAACAACGGAGAGUGUCUUGAUAAAGUCAACCGCUUCCUCUGUGUCUGUCCUCCCGGAUUCAGUGGUGCCGUGUGUCAGAUUGAUAUAGAUGACUGCUCCAGCACACCAUGUCUCAACGGAGCCAAAUGCAUCGACCAUCCCAAUGGCUAUGAGUGCCAGUGUGCCACAGGUUUUACUGGCCUUCUGUGUGAGGAGAAUAUCAACAACUGCGAUCCGGAUCCUUGCCAUCACGGGGAAUGCCAGGAUGGGAUUGAUUCUUUCACAUGUGUAUGCAAUCCUGGCUACAUGGGUGCCAUAUGCAGCGAGCAGAUAGACGAAUGCCACAGCAAUCCCUGCCUCCAUCAAGGGCGCUGCAUUGAUUUGGUGAAUGGCUAUCAGUGCAACUGCUUGCUGGGAACUUCAGGAGUGAACUGUGAAAAUAAUUUUGAUGACUGUGCAAGUAACCCGUGCAUUCACGGGGACUGUAUUGAUGGCAUUAAUCGCUACAAUUGUGCUUGCAAACCUGGAUUUACAGGCCCACGUUGUAAUGUGGACAUUGAUGAAUGCACAUCCAGCCCCUGUCAUAAUGGUGGAACAUGUAUAAAUGAGGUCAAUGGCUUUCGGUGUGUGUGUCCUGAAGGCUACCAUCACCCUCACUGUCAGUCACAGGCAGAUGGCUGUCUCAGUAAUCCCUGUGUACAUGGCAACUGCACCCAUAUUGCUACUGGGUACAAGUGUGUCUGUGACCCAGGCUGGAUCGGCGAUUACUGUUCAACAGAAGGAAACGAAUGUAAAUCAAACCCGUGCCAGAAUGGAGGAACUUGUGAGGAUCUGUUGAAUGGAUAUAGAUGUACCUGUAGGAAAGGAUUCAAAGGUGACAAUUCGGGGAGAAGUUUCUGUUCUCUUUUUCCUUUCCACUUCACUGAUGAACCU